UAUAUAUAGAAGCACGGCCGAUAUGCAGAGACGAAGGAGGGCGACGGAGUGGUAGUAGUCAGGAAUCAAGCAUCCCUGAACUGAAAAGGAAGAAGGAGGCCAUGAACUGAAAGGAAGGAGGAGGAGGAAGGAGCUCGGCUAAUGAAAUAUGGGCUCCGUAUGGACCAUCUUCAUGCAUGCAGACGCCGUCGACAUCUGCCUCAUGUUGUUCGGCCUCCUUGGAGCCGUCGCCGACGGCAUGUCCCUCUCCAUUAUGCUGCUCGUAACCAGCAGGAUCCUGAACGACCUCGGCACUGGCCCCUCCGUCGAUCCCUCCUUGUUCACCUCCAAAAUGAACCAGAAUUGCGUGAUACUUGUGUACAUGGCUUGCGGUUCGUGGGUAGCCGCUUUCCUUGAGGGAUUUUGUUGGACGAGAACCGGAGAGAGACAGGCGUCGAGAAUGAGAGCAAGGUACCUCCGGGCAAUUCUCCGGCAAGACGUCGGCUAUUUUGAUCUCAAGGUGUCGAGCACCUCAGAAGUGGUGAACAACGUUUCUAGUGACAGUUUGGUGAUUCAAGAUGUGAUCAGUGAGAAGGUACCAAAUUUGCUUAUGAACGGGGCAACUUUCAUGGGGAGUUACGUAGUUGCAUUCGUGCUGCUCUGGAGGCUGGCCCUGGUGUCGUCUCCUUUUAUAAUCUUGCUGAUAAUACCGGGGUUGAUGUAUGGAAGGAUCUUGAUGGGCCUGGCGAGGAAGAUGAUAGAUGAGUACAAGAAGGCAGCAGCAGUGGCGGAACAGGCCAUUUCUUCGAUCAGGACAGUGUAUUCCUUUGUAGGGGAGAGCAGGACCAUGAGCGAGUUCUCUAAAGCACUAGACGGCACGGUCAGGCUGGGGCUGAAGCAGGGCCUGGCUAAGGGAAUGGCGAUUGGAAGCAAUGGCGUCACUUUCGCCAUAUGGUCCUUCAUGGCUUGGUAUGGCAGCAGGCUGGUUAUGUACCACGGUACUCCUGGAGGGACUGUCUUUGCUGUUGGUGCCGCCAUCACAGUCGGUGGCCUGUCACUAGGAUCAGGCCUUUCAAAUUUCAAGUACAUAAUGGAGGCAAUAUCAGCAGGUGAGAGGAUCAUGGAGGUGAUCAAAAGAAUCCCUGAGAUCGACUCAGAGAACAAGGAGGGAGAGGUUCUAAAGGACGUAGUUGGUGAAAUCGAGUUCAAGAAUGUUCAGUUCGCCUACCCAUCAAGGCCCGGCACACCCGUAUUCCAGAGUUUCUCGCUCAUGGUUCCGGCCGGCAAGACCGUGGCAUUGGUCGGAAGCAGCGGCUCCGGGAAGUCCACCGUGAUCUCAUUGCUCGAAAGGUUCUAUGACCCACUUGGUGGGGAUAUCUUGCUCGAUGGGGUGAGCAUCAAGAAGCUGCAACUGAAGUGGCUCAGAUCGCAGAUGGGCUUGGUGAGCCAAGAGCCUGCCCUGUUUGCGGCAUCCAUCAGGGAGAAUAUACUUUUUGGUAAGGAAGAUGCUACCAUGGAAGAGAUUGAAGCAGCAGCCAGGGCUUCCAAUGCCCACAGUUUCAUUUCACAACUUCCCCAAGGAUAUGAUACACAGGUUGGAGAGAGAGGUGUGCAAAUGUCUGGAGGCCAGAAACAAAGAAUUGCCAUUGCCAGGGCCAUAAUAAAAUCCCCCAAAAUUCUCCUUUUAGAUGAGGCCACAAGCGCAUUGGACUCAGAAUCAGAGAGGGUGGUUCAAGAAGCGCUGGACCAAGCAAGUGUAGGCCGAACAACUAUAGUCAUUGCACACCGCCUUUCUACAAUUCGGAAUGCAGACUUGAUAGCAGUAGUUCAAGAAGGUCAAGUGCAGGAGACAGGAUCCCAUGACUCUUUAAUAAGGGAUGACAGAGGACUAUACUCUUCAUUGGUGAGGCUCCAACAGAUGAAGGACAAGGAGGAAGAGACGCAGCUGUCAUUGGCACAAGAGCGUAUUUCAGAUGCAAGAAGUGGUAGUAUGAGUGGCUGGAUGCAGAAGUUGAGCAGAUCCAGCUCGAUGAACUCGGUCUCGUCAGUGCAAACCGAUCGGGCUGAGGCUCGAGCUUCUGAUCCUCCCCCUGUACCUUCAUUCAAGAGGCUGUUGGCCAUGAACAAGCCAGAGUGGAAAGAGGCAACUGCAGGGUGCCUGGGUGCCAUAGCCUUUGGAGGCAUACAACCAUUAUACUCCUUUGCUAUGGGAAGCAUGAUCUCGGUCUACUUCCUUCCAAGCCACAGUGAGAUCAAGACAAGAGUCAGGGAAUACUCACUCAUCUUUCUUGCCCUGUCUAUCUUCUCAUUACUCAUAAACAUGAUCCAACACUACAAUUUUGCUGCCAUGGGCGAGGCUCUGACAAAGAGGGUGCGUGAGUGCAUGCUUUCCAAGAUGCUCACCUUUGAAGUGGGUUGGUUUGACCAGGAUGAGAACUCAACUGGUGCCAUAUGCUCUAAGCUGGCUAAAGAUGCUAAUGUGGUAAGAUCUCUAGUGGGUGAUAGAAUGGCACUCUUGGUGCAGGCCACCUCUGCUGUGACUAUAGCCUGCACCAUGGGCUUGGUCAUAGCAUGGAGGCUCGCCGUAGUCAUGAUCGCGGUGCAGCCAAUAAUCAUAGUGUGUUUCUAUGCAAAAAGAGUGCUGCUAAAGAACAUGUCCAAGAAGGCCAUCCGAGCACAGAACGAGAGCAGCAAAUUAGCAGCAGAAGCAGUUUCCAACCUUCGCACAGUGACUGCAUUCUCAUCACAAGACAGGAUUCUUCACAUGUUCGAGCUUGCACAGGAGGGGCCUAGGAGAGAGAGCAUCAAGCAGUCAUGGUAUGCCGGCAUUGGACUGGGCACAUCCCAAAGCUUAAUGACAUGCACUUGGGCUCUUGAUUUCUGGUAUGGGGGUAAGCUCAUAUCCCAGGACUAUAUAACAGCCAAGCAGCUCUUCCAGACCUUCUUGAUCCUAGUGAGCACGGGCCGAGUCAUAGCCGAUGCAGGCAGCAUGACCACGGACCUAGCCAAGGGUGCCGACGCGGUCGGCACGGUAUUCUCCAUCCUUGACCAGUACACCAAGAUCGAACCCGACGACCCCGAAGGGCUCAAGCCAGACAAAAUUCAAGGCCAAGUUGAACUAAAAGAUGUAGACUUUGCAUACCCAUCUAGACCAGAUGUUACCAUCUUCACAUCUUUCUCAUUGAGACUAGAAGUUGGCAAGUCGACGGCAUUAGUCGGGCAAAGUGGGUCUGGAAAGUCGACUAUCAUUCACUUGAUAGAGAGAUUCUACGACCCAAUAAAGGGUUCGAUCAAGAUCGAUGGGAGGGACAUAAGAUCAUACAACCUUAGGUCACUAAGGCAGCACAUAGCACUAGUCGGCCAGGAGCCGACCUUGUUCGCCGGGACCAUAAGGGAGAACAUAGUGUAUGGCAAAGAGAACGCCACCGAGAUCGAGAUACUGGAAGCAGCACGGGCGGCGAACGCCGAUGACUUCAUCGGGAACCUGAAGGACGGAUACGACACUUGGUGCGGCGAUCGAGGGGUGCAGUUGUCCGGGGGACAGAAGCAGAGGAUAGCCAUUGCGAGGGCCAUACUGAAGAACCCGACCAUAUUGUUGCUGGACGAGGCGACCAGCGCGCUGGAUAGCCAAUCUGAGAAGGCGGUGCAGGAGGCGCUGGACCGAGUCAUGGUGGGUCGGACCUGUGUGGUGGUGGCGCACAGGCUCGCCACGGUCCAAAACUGUGACACCAUUGCCGUGUUGGAGAAUGGAAGGGUGGUGGAGAAGGGAACCCACAGCGCCUUGUUGGCUAAAGACGGUCCCUACUCCUCGCUUGUCAAAUUGCAAAGUAGGAACAAUGGUAGUGACUAAGGCAGGUAUUGGUUCGAAUCAUUUUUGGUAUAAGAGCCCGAAGAGUGGGAAGCUUUGGUCUGUUCUAGAUACCUACAAUUCAAGGACUUGCCGGCAAUGACCAACUUUAAUGUAAAAAGAUGUGGAGGACCAAGGGAUGGUCAUUUGUAUUUAGAGUGGAAUACUUGGACAAUAAGGUUUUCUUUUUCUUUUUUCUGUAAACUUAUUUGUACUCUGAUUAAAUAAUUAGUUUGAAAAUAUAUAUAUUGAUACUUGUAA